UUAUUUCCAUAAAAAUGUUCCGCGGGUUAACGAAGUUGUUUUGCAUUUUAUCCUAUUUGUUCAAUAUGCCUUUUUAUAUGUUUGCUGCUUUGCUUAAAAUCAUUUUACGUUGCGUGAUUUUGAAACUAUUGUACUUGUCUAAAUUUCUGGAGCGUAUUAGUGGUGCAAGAGAAGAAACAAACAAUUCAGAACAACAGAAAGAAGACACCUUUACAAGCAAAAGCAAAGGAAAAAAUAAAGGAAAGGCGCGGCAGCGUGCGAAAAAGACCAGUGAUGAACCAACUUUCAACACAAAAUUAACAACGCCCAUUGAAGAUGUUAUUAAAGAGACCAUAAAGGAAGAAGGCACUGAUUUGUCAGCAACUUCCGAGAGACUUCAAAAAUUGCCAAAGAAGCAAGAAAGAAAGGAAAAAUUAAGUGAGGAAGAUACCGUGGGAUUUUCCUUUUUCAAAACAAAAAGCACUGCCGUGCAUACUACGACAUCCAAAAACUCUUUCAAAAAAGCAGAUAAUCCAAUCUGUGAGGAGAAACCGCUUCAAGAAGACAUUGGAUUUUCCUUUUUACCUGUUAAAGAACGCGGAAGACGUACCAAGAGUAAAUCUUUGUUGGAAAAGAAGAAUUCUGAAGAAGCUUUACAGACUGUCAUAGAGCAAGGUUAUGCUAAGAAAGCCGAUUUAUCAAAACCAUCUAUUAUUGAGCAUUAUCAAAAGAAACCCCGAUCUGGAUCCCCAGGCAAGGUUAGUGUAGAGAGCCAAAACACCUUUAUUUACACUAAGAAGUCGGUUGAAUAUAAGGAAAGUAAAAAGGUAACAGCUCAGAUUUCUUACGCAAGCAUAGUGAAUAAUACGGGUGUAGUGGAUGAUAAAAAUUCAUUGGAACCUGGAAAUCUUGUCAAGGAAAACGAGUAUACCAGUUCAACAGAAGUGGUGAGUGAAUAUUCAGAAAAUUUUCACAUAGUAGAUAAUGAAACAAGUGCCAUAGAACCCACCCUCAGCAAAGAUAGUUUUGUCCACAUAGAAAAUAGAACCGAUAACCUUGUUCACAGUGCCAGAAAGGAGGGCAUUCAUCUAAUAGAUUCAGUAAACAAUUUUAUAGAAGCCAGAGAUGACACACUAAAUUACAUUGAUAAUUAUUUUGAAAAUCCUGUGGAACAUAUAAACAACAAAGCAGAUUUAAAUUUACCUACAACAGAAGAUCAUUUUGAUAUUAUUGGAGUGAAUAUAGAAGAGGAAAAUCUUGAUACUAUACUUGAUGAAGUUGAUGGUGACAGAUUUGUUUCUCAAGAUUCACAGGUCAGUUCACUUAAAAGCGCCAAAGCAACUGAUGACAUUUUUCAUGCCACCCUCAGCAAGGGUAUAAAUCAAAAAGUAACAAAGGAUUCCAAAGAUUCUAAAUUAACAGAAGAAUUACAACAAUUUAAAUUUUAUGAUUGGCAGCAAACACCAAUAAAAAAUCAAAGCGCCAAAUCUGUAACUCAGUUUUUUAUAAAUGAGCAGAAAAAUCAAGGAAUUGAAGAAAAGGGUUUAGAUGUAGUAAGAAAUUCAAACGGCAUUGCAGAAUCCAGAGAAUUUUUGAAAGUUGAGGUUGCUGAUAUUGGUGGUACUGAAACUACUCCAAAGGUAGAAAAAAGUUUUCCAGAAGAAAUAAUUGAUAGCAACUCCGAGACUGUCAAAGUGUUAGUAAAGUGUGAUCAAGAUUCGAAUUCUAUAGAAGUCAAACAUACUGAUUUUAAUUUAAGUCGGUUGGAAUCAGAAAUCUUGUCAUACAGAGAUAAUUUACAACAAAAUAGUACUGAGUCAAGACUGGAAAACCGUGUUGUUGAAGAUCAUCUUAUUGUCGAAGAGUCCCCUGUGAAAAUCACAAAGGAAUUACUGAAAGCAGACUCAAAACCAGCACCGGAAGUUACCGAAGAGAUAUGCGUUAAAAAAUCUGCUUAUACAACGGGAAAUUUAAUUGAAGCAGUUGGUAAUAUCCCAAAACUUAAAAAUAUUGAAGCUGCACCGUCAUCAGAAGAUAACAACAUGACGCAAAUCCGAGUACUGACGUUAAAUGACAAAGAACACCAAGAAUCGACUAUAUAUCGCAUAGAAAAGAAUUGGACUCUACAAUUCAGAUUGGGUCCUAGUUUGUUGGGAAGGAAGAUCAAACUUUAUUUGAAUUAUCCAAAGGAAACGAACGAAUUUGAACGUGGAACCUAUCAGUUAUUGGAAUGGUGCCAGGACGAAGGUUGUAAACACGCAGAUGAUACCGCUACCUUUGCUCAAAUUGUACCCAAGAUUUCUGGAAGUUUCCAUUAUUACUUUGUAUAUGAAAACGAGGAAGAUAAGCAAGGUUCUGGGUAUAUUUUGGUCGAUCCUGUAUUAACAUAUGGCAAAAAUGAGGAAUUACCUUUAGAUUGUAUCCAAUGUCAGACGGUCCUGACGAAGCAUUUGGGACCAUUUUCAAGUUGGGAACAGAAGUUAUCUGUGACCAAAGAAUCUGGUUACAACAUGGUUCAUUUUACACCCGUCCAGGAACUGGGAGCUUCCAAAUCUUCAUAUAGCUUAAGCGAGCAACUAAAGCUGAACCCCAUGUUUAAUGAGGAGGAUGGGAGAAAACCGUCGUUUGAUGAUUUGGAAAAGUUUGCAAAUAACAUGAGGAGAGAAAUGAAGAUGCUCUCAAUUUGCGAUAUCGUCUUAAACCACACCGCGAACGAAAGCAAAUGGCUGUUGGAACAUCCUGAAGUGACAUACAAUUGUGUAAAUUGCCCAUACAUGAGACCCGCCUAUCUUUUGGACGCCGCUUUCCAUCAGUUUUCGAUAGACGUCAAAAAAGGGCUGUACGAAGAUCGUGGUAUACCUGCAGAAGUGUCGACCGAAGAACACCUGAACGCGAUCCGCUAUCAUUUUAAAAUGAGCGUGUUGGAUCCCUUGAAAUUGGAAGAGCUCUUCAUCGUCGACGUAAAUAAAUGUAUUUCGGAAUUUUUGGAGCUGGCGCGAAAAACGCAACCCGUCAGCGACAGCGUCAGGAUUACGCAGGCUGAGUUAAAAAUUAUUCAGGACCCUGAUUUUAGAAGAUUGAAAAGUACAGUAGAUGUGGAACUCGCGGUUAACCUGUACAACGUGUACAGAUCAGACUCGUUCGAUGAAGACGCUAGGAUGAAAAAAUGUUCGGAAGACCUAAAGAACAAACUCGACAGUUUAAAUCGGGAAAUAGUAAAGGAACUGAGCGACGACUUGAGCUCCGCCGUCGAAAACGUCAUCGCUGGCAUUAGAUACUUUAGGGUGCAAGAUAGCGGUCCUAAGAUCACGGAAAUAACGGAAAGCAAUCCUUUAGUCUAUAGGUAUUUCACGGAUUACGGCUCGCCCAAGAGUUUAAACGAGCAUGAGGAGAUCAUGUACAGUCAGAAUGGGUCGUUUUUGAUGGCGCAUAACGGGUGGGUCAUGAAUUCAGAUCCCUUGAAAAAUUUCGCAUCUCCCGGAACGAAAACUUACAUAAGGAGAGAACUGAUUGCAUGGAGCGAUAGCGUCAAACUUCGCUACGGCGACAAGCCGGAAGACUCGCCGUUUUUGUGGGCGCACAUGCGCAAAUACGUCGAACAAACCGCAAGGAUAUUCGACGGCGUGCGCCUGGACAAUUGCCAUUCCACGCCGCUGCACGUCGCUGAAUACUUACUCGACUGCGCAAGAAGGGUCAGGCCGGACCUUUACGUCGUCGCCGAACUGUUCACCAAUUCCGAUCUGACUGACAAUAUUUUCGUUAACCGAUUGGGUAUAACUUCGCUCAUCCGCGAAGCUAUGUCGGCGUGGGACUCUCACGAGCUCGGUCGUCUGGUCUACCGCUACGGAGGCGUUCCCGUGGGCUCGUUCUACCAGCCGCGGGUGCGACCGUUGGUACCGACAGUGGCGCACGCUUUAUUCUUAGAUUUGAGCCACGAUAAUCCCAGUCCGGUUGAAAAACGAUCAGUGUUCGACCUUCUUCCGAGCACCGCAUUGGUGAACAUGGCCUGUUGCGCGAGCGGCUCUAAUCGCGGCUACGACGAGCUGGUGCCUCACCAUAUUCACGUAGUGGACGAGACCAGGCAGUACACCGAAUGGUCCGACGACGAUGAGCUCGCGGUUGAAAAUCGCAGAUACGUUGGUAAAAAAUCGGGCAUCAUUGCCGCCAAACGGGCUCUGAACGAGCUCCACUAUAAAUUGGGCAGGGACGGAUACAAUCAGGUAUAUGUCGAUCAAAUGGAUCCAGACGUAGUAGCCGUAACGAGACACAACCCCGAGACGCACCAGAGCUACGUCUUAAUCGCUUUUACCGCAUUCGGUCAUCCAGACCAAAACGCGGAUAAGUAUCAAAGAGGCAUCAGACCGGUAAGGGUAGAGGGCGUGUUGGAAGAAAUCGUUUUGGAAGCCACGUUGAGCCACGUCGAAGCCAGUUCCGGAGGAUCAAAGUAUACUAAAUUCGAUGACUUUACAAAAGAUUCGGCUUGGAUUUCGGGAUUGACCGAGUACCGGGUGACGGUUAGGGAACACAUUAGCAGCGAACAAUCGGAAUUUUUCAAUUACGUCGAUUCCGGAACACCCAACGUUUUCCAACUCGAUUUUAGAAACUUCAAGCCCGGAUCCGUCGCAGUACUGAAGGUUUCGCUACCAGAAGACAUGAGAGAGUCGAUAUCUCGAGUGCGAAGUUUAAUCAAAAGCUUUCCCGGCUCGAAAGAUACCGAAUUGAAACGGAUCGUCUCCCGUUUGACACUGGCAGAUUUGAAUCGAGCGCUUUACAGAUGCGAUCAGGAAGAAAGAGACGAGGGUUUCGGAUUUGACGCUUAUAACAUCCCCAAUUUCGGACCUGUGGUGUAUUGCGGUUUGCAAGGAUUUAUUUCGCUGUUGGCGAAUAUUAGACCCAGCAACGAUCUGGGACAUCCGAUGUGUGCUAAUUUGAGAGACGGAAACUGGAUGAUUGAAUAUAUCUGGAAGCGACUUAAGGUAGACCAAGGAACCAAAGAAUUGGGUCAGUGGAUUGAAGAAAACACAAAAUCGCUAGAGAAAGUGCCUAGAUAUCUAGUGCCGUGCUAUUUCGACGUGAUCGUGACCGGAAUCUAUAUCAACUUACUGGAUCACAGCUACAGUCUUAUGUCUGACUUCGUUAAAAACGGUUCCACCUUUGUGCGCUGUUUGUCGCUGGGCAGCCUUCAGUUCGGCGCGUACAUCAAGUCCGCCGAUUUGCCCACAUUGUCGCCCAAUCUGAGGCCUCCGAAACCUCCCACGCGUAGAAACGAUAAGGGCGAAGUCGUGCAGGCGUGCGUCACGUUGUCCGCCGGCCUACCCCACUUUUCGGUGGGUUAUAUGAGAAACUGGGGCAGGGACACGUUCAUUGCCCUGAGGGGGCUGUUCAUUCUAACCGGACGGUACGAGGAGGCGCGGCAACACAUUUUAGGUUACGCCGCCUGUCUGAGGCACGGCCUGAUCCCCAAUUUGCUGGACGGGGGUCGUAAUUCAAGGUUCAACUGCAGAGACGCCGUCUGGUGGUGGUUGUACUGCAUCAAAUCCUAUUGCGAAGAAGUUCCCAAGGGUGUCGACAUAAUGGCCGACACCGUGUCGAGAAUCUUUCCCACCGACGAUUCGCCCGCUCAACCGGCGGGCGUGGUCAAUCAGCCGUUACACGACGUUAUUCAGGAAGCCCUUAACGUCCACUUUCAAGGGUUAAGGUUUCGUGAACGGAACGCCGGCGGGCAAAUCGACGAGCAUAUGACGGAUGCAGGGUUCAACAACCAAAUCGGUAUCCAUCCCGAGACUGGGUUUGUGUUUGGUGGUAACCAGUGGAAUUGCGGUACCUGGAUGGACAAAAUGGGUUCCUCCGACAAGGCGGGAAACAGAGGCAAGCCAGCUACGCCUCGAGACGGUUCGGCGGUCGAAUUGGUAGGCUUGUCCAAAGCCGCAGUAUCGUGGCUCUGGAAACUCAACCGCGAAGGAAAAUACCCGUACGACGGGGUGCAGAGGACCCAUAAGAACGGCGCCAUUACAAAAUGGACGUUCAAAGAAUGGGCGGACAAAAUCCGCGAGAACUUCGAGAAAAAGUUCUUCGUGAGGAACAAGCCGUCAUGCGACGAGGAACGGCCCGAUUUGGUCAACAAAAGAGACAUAUACAAAGACACUUACGGCGGGUCUCAGCCAUGGACCGAUUAUCAGCUGCGGUGCAACUUCCCUAUCGCCAUGGUCGCGGCUCCGGAAAUGUUCAACCCGUCUAGGGCGUGGGCCGCACUGCAGCAGACCGAGAAAUACCUGUUGGGACCGCUCGGCAUGAAGACCUUGGAUCCCGAAGACUGGAACUACCGCGGCGAUUACGAUAACUCCAACGAUUCCAGUGAUUUCCACACCUCCCACGGGUUCAAUUAUCACCAAGGCCCGGAAUGGGUGUGGCCUAUCGGUUUCUUCUUAAGAGCAAGAUUGAUUUUCGCCAGCCAGAACGGCAUGUUGAAGGAAACGGUGGCGAGUACGAAAGUGAUCCUGUCGAAACACUUUACGGAAUUGCAGACGUCACUGUGGAGGGGACUGCCAGAAUUGACCAACAGCAAUGGCGCCUUCUGCAAAGAUAGUUCUAGGACACAAGCCUGGAGCAUGGCGUGCGUUUUGGAGGUACUCCGCGAUUUGCAACAGAUCGAGUCCAAAGAAAUUUUCGUCAACUGACUUAGCGGCAACCUAGCAUUAAAACGUAGAGAGAAUAGGAAAAGUCGCGCCCUUUAUCCAGAUACUAAAAAGCCCAUUCCUCCAUUGCUGUCGUCGAUAUUAAAAAAAAGAAAAGUCUAUUCGGAAUCGUUUUCUUCGCUAAACGUCACCAAGCGGGAAGAACAAAAUAAAUCGAACUUCGGUCGCGAUACUUUCGUCAGCUUCACGGAUUUGUAUUUUAAGUAUAAUCGAAGGCUGUACAGCUGUGAAUUUAGGUUAAGUCGUUUUAUUCAGGUCGAUAACGGUUUGUUAGUGUCGCCCGCAACAUUUGUUAAGCCUAACGUUGAUUACGUGCCUUUUUACGGGGACGUUACAGUUUUACAGUCCAGCGGAAUCCUGCUGGGUUUACCUGCUAUAGCAGUUUCUCCUGAAACUAAAAAGAAUCCUGAUUUUUUUCUUACUUUUUCUUCUCAAAUCAAAGAUCAGGUUUUUCCGUACAAAAGUAAGUUGUUUUGCACGGCAUACUCUCGCAAUAAGUGCUCAUCAGACAUUAAGAGACGUAGGUCCAUCAUAGAUUUAGACGAGAUAACAGCUGUCGCGGAAGAUUCCAACAGAAGCCGCGAAGUGGCGACCCCUAGAAGAGGUGACACCUGUAGCCGCGCGAAUGACGUCGUUUUAGACCCGUUAUUAUUGGAAGCCGUGCCGAGAAAGAGAGUUAAAAUACCCUUAACCGAAUCCGAGCAGAACAAGAUAGCCAGGAUAACCAUAAUGUAUACUUUGGCGUUUUUCGCUUUGUCCCUUAUGACAUUUUUUAUCAUUUACCUAGCUUAGGUUUUGCGUUUAUUUUUAUUCAGUGUGUUUAUUUAUUCGAAUACUCAUCCCUUUUAGCAUAGGAGUCGUGUAAUUUCGUCAUGUUUUAUUAAUGUUACUUGGAUUUUAUGAUGUUAUUAUCGAUUCGAGAAUUAAAAUAUAAUAGAAGUUU